AUGGCAGCCUCUUUGGCAGCAACUCUACGAGCCAGGGGAAACAAAGAGGAUGAGCAACUUGAAGGACGGACUCAUGGGCAUGAAGAAGAUCUUUUGACGAUACUGAGAGAGGUGAUGGGAAGAGCACCCAUCUCACCUCAGCACUCGCUGGACAGCCUGGGUCUGACCUCCUUGUCAGCUGUCAGAGUGGCAUCAUCGGCGUUGGCUCGUGGUAUUCAGGUGUCUAUCCGUCAAAUGCUCUCCCCAGGUGCCUCUGUCGCUGGGCUUGUGCAGGACUCUGUACACCUAGCGCAGCCGAAGACAGAUUCUGCUCAACCGGCAAUCAAUGAGAUCCUGGCUCUCCUGUUGGGCAGUGAUCGUAUCUCUUGGAAGCCGUUGGCUCAGUCACCCUCAAUGGACAAGACCUUGGAGGUGCUCCUCUGCCCCGGAGACGGGGGUGCUGGAAUUCAUGGAUACCGUCCCCUUGCCCAAUCGCUGUUGGAGGAGGCUCCAAUCGCUGCAGUGAAAGCUGCCGACGGCUUGCUCGGUGAAGCGCAUCAAGCCGAGAGCCUGGACGACUUGGCAAAUCUCUUGCUCAGGCUCGGCUUGUGCGCUCAGUGGAUUGCUCUUUAA